AACAUAUCUGGCAGCAAGAACAGAAUUCCCCCCUAACUUAACAAGUUUCAAGCCUCCAUUAGCACUAGCGGAGUUGUCUCCCCGUUGCACCGCGGCUAUCUUCUAUCUUCUCUCUUCACACUUCCACAUGAAAUACUCCUUCCUGUUACUCUCUCUCUAAAAUUUUUGCAGAAGAUGAUGUUGGGGGUUCGUACUGUCCAUAGCUCUUGUAUCAUUCGCUCAUCUGCCAAUUCUUCUCAUUCUCUCUCUUCUUUCUUCUGCUCUUUCCAUCAAUAUCGACCUACACAUUCAAGGACACCUUCUAAAUUAGGAUUUCUACCUUCUAAGUGUCGCUUCGAGCUUCAUUUCAAUGGUUAUGGAGGAAAACUCGGAGUUUCUGAUGGUCACAGUUUAGUUGACAGUGUCUUGAAGGAGCUUCACGAAAGACGUAGGACGAUGAGGGUUCAAUUCUCUAACAAGUGUUUUCCUUGUAGGCUGGAAUCGACAAGCAAUGGGGAGCUUCUUAAAGACAAGCUUGAAAAGCAGGAACUUCGAGGAGGUUUGCUGUUGGAAUUCAAAAAGGAUACUGAGAGGGUAUUGCUAGCAGUUGUUCAAAAACCUGAUGGAAAGAAGAACUGGAUGGUGUCUGAUCAGAAUGGUACGACAUGCUCGAUAAAACCACAACAAAUAACUUAUGUUGUUCCCGGUGUUGAGAAUUUUGAGCAUACCCAAAUUCCAGAGUUUAUUCAGAAAGCUCAGGAUAACUUGGAUGCAUCUCUGCUUGAGCUUGCUUGGGCUGAGCUGCUUGAGAAGAAUAACUCAGUGACUCCAAAGGAGUUGGCGGAGAUUAUUUAUGGUACUUCUGAACCUCUUGAGAGCUAUUGUGCACAUCUCCUGCUCUCAAAGGAUGAGAUCUACUUCUCCAUGAUGGAGACUAAAGGUUAUUGUUCUGUGUAUGCUCCUCGACCUAUUGAUCAGGUCGAGGAACUUCUGAGGAGGAGACUUGCCAAGGAGACUGCUGAGAAAGAACUUCAGGAGUUCAUACAGUUAUUAUCAUCUGCUAAGGCAAGACCUAUGGAUGCAAAGCUUUCCAGAUCCUCAUGGAUUCUGGAAGAGAGGAUUCGUGAUUGUGUUGAAGCUCUUGCUGCUUAUGCAGUUGAUACAUGCUGCACUGAGAUCCAAAAGAGAACAGUUGGAACGAUUCUUACAGCCAUGGGGUUGGCUAAAUCAUCAUCAUCGGCGUUUAAUCUUCUCAUUGAUAUUGGUUAUUUUCCAGUGCAUGUCAAUCUUGAUCUGUUGAAGCUAAACAUUCGCACCAAUCACUCAGAUGAUAUUGUGUCGGCUGCUGAAGAUUUGCUGUCAGUGUCUUUUGAUAUAGAUGAGAUCCGGAGGAUAGAUCUUACUCACUUGAAGGUCUACGCUAUUGAUGUUGAUGAAGCUGAUGAGCUUGAUGAUGCACUUAGUGCAGCAAGAUUGCAAGACGGUCGGAUCAAAAUCUGGAUACACGUGGCGGAUGCAACCUGCUUAGUUCAACCUGGAAGCACUCUGGACAAAGAGGCCAUGAGCAGAGGAACUAGUGUUUUUUUGCCUACAGCAACUUAUCCUAUGUUUCCAGAGAAGCUUGCAAUGGAAGGAAUGAGCUUAAAACAAGGAAAAAAGUGCAAUGCUGUGACUGUAUCUGUUGUACUGCAUCCUGAUGGCAGCAUUGCUGAGUAUUCUGUAGAGAAUACCUUUAUCAGGCCUACCUACAUGCUUACUUAUGAAAGUGCAUCAGAGCUCCUUCAUUUGAGUCUUGAAGAGGAGGCUGAGUUAAAGAUUCUAUCUGAGGCUGCAGCUCUACGUUUACAUUGGCGUAGACAGCAGGGCGCUGUUGACACCUCAAUGAUAGAAACACGUGUCAAAGUGGAAAAUCCUGAUGAUCCAGAACCACGGAUUAAUCUUUAUGUAGAGAAUCAAGCGGACCCUGCAAUGCGCCUUGUUUCAGAGAUGAUGAUUCUUUGUGGAGAGGUUAUUGCUACAUUUGGGUCUUGCAACAACAUUAAUUUACCUUAUAGAGGACAGCCACAAUCAAAUAUAGAUGUAUCCGCAUUUUCUCAUCUUCCCGAAGGACCAGCUCGAAGUUGUGCUAUAGUUAAAAUAAUGCGUGCAGCCGAAUAUGAUUUCCGCAAGCCAAUACGCCAUGGUAUUUUGGGAAUUCCUGGUUAUGUUCAGUUCACAUCCCCGAUACGUAGAUAUAUGGAUCUUCUUGCCCAUUAUCAGGUAAAAGCUUUUAUUAGGGGUGAUUCCCCUCCAUUUUCAGCAGGUCAGCUAGAAGGCAUUGCAUCGAUAGUGAAUAUGCAGCAGAGAGUUGCAAGAAAGCUGUACAAUAGUAGUCUUCGGUAUUGGAUUUUAGAAUAUUUGAGAAGGCAGCCAAGGGAAAGAAAGUUCCGUGCUUUGAUACUCAGAUUUAUUAAGGACCGCAUCGCAGCCUUGAUUUUGGUGGAGGUCGGGCUUCAAGCUUCUGCAUGGGUCACAGUGGGAUCCCAGGUUGGAGAUGAAAUCGAAGUUCGGGUAGAAGAUGCUCAUCCAAGAGCUGAUAAUUUAUCCCUCAAGCAGGUAGCGCAAUAGUAUGGAUUUUAUAUCACAAAAGGUGCUCAUAUGUGAGCAUAUAAAGAGAAGACAUACCUCCUCAGCGACUUACCUCGUGAUGAUGUGAUGUGCAAGGGAAGAUAGCUUUCUUGAAUUGAAACCUAGCUGCACUCACGAGCCUCUGAUAGCUGAAUGAUCGUGUGUUCUAGGCAACACUCUUUAGACUGAUUGUAUUAACCAAAUUUGCCAACCAAAGAUGAGCAAUACUGUAAGGAAUUGCGUUCUGAAUCACUUGAAAUUGCCGAGGCCAAAGGAAGCAACAUGAAGGCUCAGAUCUAGUAGGCCAACUUUGCUCGUUCCAUAGCUAAUGAUAAUCACAAAGAGUUAUUUGGCGGUUUCUUGUUUGCAUAAGCCUUAUAAUACAUCGAUAUGGAAAUCUGAUAUGUAUAGCGUUGUGUUUAGUCGAAUGUAUGGUGACGUUUUGGCAUUUUUAUGCCUUUUCUAAAUGCGUAGUUUGUUCUUAUGUAUUUUAUUACAUUGUUACCCAUGUAUUGCAUGGCUUGGGUGAGAAUUAGACCAUUCAUCUCUCAUCACUUCAUCAGUUUCCUCACUGGAAGAGAUGAGAUUCAUUUAUACAGAAUUAGUGCGAUUCUUCUCU